AUGCCAGAGGAUCCUGAGAUCAGUGUUAUCAUUCACCAGAUCUUGGCUAAGAUUGUCCAGCUGGCCAAGAAAGAGGGAAAAGCACCAAUGGCUUAUUUACGGCUUUUUUCAUGGUGCUUCACCUUGGGUACCAAGGCUAAGCCUUACUCCAGUAUAUCUGUCGACAACUCUCGAUAUACAGAGUCAUUUGAUUCUGAUGAUGACUCCUAUGUUCCCAAUGCAUUUGACAUGUCUUGA